AUGCUGCGUCAGGCACUUCGUAGGUUUGGUCAAAAACUGGUACGCAGACCUAUGCUGCAGGAACCGGUGGCUGAGAAUGACCCACGGAGAAGACUGAGCACUCUGGAUUUAGUGACCCUGGGUGUGAACCGCACAGUGGGUAUAGGUGUGUAUGUCAUGGCUGGUGAGGUGGUCAGCAAUCAAGCAGGACCAUCUUUUGUGAUUUGUAUUUUGGUAGCCGGCCUAUCUUCUGUGUUGACUGGGCUGUGCUAUGCAGAGAUUAGUGCCCGCAUUCCCCAUUCUGGCUCAGCAUAUCUCUACAGCUAUGUCACUGUAGGUGAAUUCUGGGCCUUCAUCACAGGCUGGAACCUCAUCCUCUCCCUUGUUACUGGUACAGUCUUUUGCUUCCAUGUAUUGUUCUUAGCUAUUGAUCACCUGCGUGUGACACUGCGUGAAAUUAUCUUACCACAUGUUUCCCACUUCCUUAGAGAAGAAUAUCUAGACUUCACUGUUAUGUUCUUCGUAUGGUAUUUCAUAGGUUUCUCGUAUGACUACGCUUCCUCAUUUGUCAAAGUGGUCACAUUGGUGAAACUUUUGGUUCUCAGUUUUAUCAUCAUCUCUGGCUUCAUUAAGGGGGACCUGCACAACUGGAAGCUCACAGAAGAGGACUACACAAUGGCUGGACUCAAUGACACCUCUAGCCUGGGUCCUCUGGGCUCUGGAGGAUUUGUGCCUUUUGGCUUCGAGGGGAUUGUCCGUGGAACAGCUACAUGUUUCUAUGCAUUUCUCGGUUUUGAGGAAAUUGUUACCAGAGUUGAAAAAGCCCGGAACCCUCAAUUCUCCAUCCCCAGCAGCAUUGUGAUUUCACUGUUCAUCUGCUUUUUGGUGUAUUUUGGUGUCUCUUUAGCACUUACACUUAUGGUGCCUUACUACAAGCUUAAACCUGGGAGCACCUUGUCUGAGACAUUUCUCCAUAUUGGCUGGGCCCCAGCCUACUAUGUUGUAUUGUGUGGAUUUUUCUGUGGUUUUUUGGGAAGUACCUUUGAAUUUAUUUUCCUUAUAUACAAGAUGUUACGCAGGAUGGCACGGGAUGGCCUCCUGUUCCGUGUCCUUGCCAGGAUUCUUACCUGGAGAAUCCUCAAGAACAGUAGUUAUUUGAUCUUUGUCAUUAUUUCAGCAAUCAUGGGCUUCUUCUUUGGAUUAACUGAUCUUGUGGACCUCGUGUUUAUUGCGUCCAUGAUAUCUUACUCCAUGGUUGCUAUUUGUGUUCUCAUCCUCAGGUAUCAGCCUGAGGUGCAGAAUGAGGAAAAUGAAGCAGAGAUGCAGGAGGAGAAUGGACCUGCAGCAGAGAAGCUGACUCUACAGAGACUAUUUAUUCCAGGCAGCCCCACCCCCACUCCACUCUCUGGCCGGGUUGUCUAUGUUUGCUCCUCACUGCUUGUUCUGCUGAUCAUUCUUCUUUGCCUGGUGCUGACACAGUAACCAGUACUGCUUUCUGGAGACCCAGUGUGGAUUUCCGUGGUUGUGCUGCUCCUGGUGCUCAUCACUGGGCUCACUGGGGUCAUCUGGAGACAGCCACAGAGCUCCAGUCCCCUUCCCUUUAAGGUCCCUGCUCUGCCUUUCCUCCCACUACUGAGCAUCUUCAUGAAUGUUUAUCUUAUGAUGCAGGUGACAGCUGGCACCUGGGCCCAAUUUGGUGUCUGGAUGCUGAUUGGGUUUUCUAUCUACUUCAGCUCUGGAUUCCAGUAUAGCCUGGUCUCUAACCGCACUUAA